CCCAGUUCGACAUUAUCAACCAAACCUCCACCACUGAACCAAGACACCAGCCUCAUCCUUUCAAACUAGAACCUCAUCCGCACCUCAACGCUCCAUCAUCACCAUGGCUCCUCUUACCCCCGCCGAACAGGAGAAUCACCAAGCGCUUCUCGAUCGUCUCGAUAUCGCGGCAGUUUCCCGUCCGUUCCGCAAUCCGAAUUGGAAACCAUCGCAGCGUCGCAACAAGAACGUCAAGCAGCUAAUCUCUGAGAGCUCGAGGAAGGAGGCUUCUGUUAUGGCAACACAGUCUAAUUCCGGCGCAACCACCCCACUCCCAGCUACGUCUGCCAGCACCGACGGCAGCCAAACCCCUGCCGAUGGCACACCUCGAACGAACAUCGCGCAGGCCGCGCAGAACCUCUCGACACUGGUGCUGGAAAAGAACGCACGAGCUGCAUUUACAUCUGGACCUGCCGUGACCUACACGAACAUCGAAUCCGCACCCUCAUUGCACCCGUCGCAGCAAACCCGCUACUGCGAUAUAACAGGCCUGCCUGCCCCAUACACAGAUCCUAAGACGAGACUGAGGUAUCACGACAAGGAGGUCUUUAGUGUGAUUAGAACACUCGGUCAGGGAGUGCCGGAGAGCUAUCUGGAGCUCAGAGCUGCCCAUGUGGUUCUCAAAUAAACGAUGCUAUGAUUUUGCUAUGGAGAUGUUUGUUUUACACUGUAAGAUAUCAGGGCUAGAUAGCAGCCUAAU